CAUGUAUUACUGUUUGCUCUUUUGACAAGAGCAAAGGAACCUGUAUGUUCUCUUCAAGGAAAACAAGUAUUUCCACAGCUGGCAAAAGAUGGAGAUGUCAUAAUCGGGGGAAUUUUUUCAUUUCAUAGUAGCUGGAAUGGUAAACUGUCAUUGUUUGAAACAAUACCAGAAGAUAUGCAAUGUAAAACUUUAAGUCUGAGAGAUUUUCAGUUUGCACAAACUAUGAUCUAUGCCAUAGAAGAAAUAAAUAACAAUACUGACAUUCUGUCUGGUUUUACUCUGGGCUAUAAGAUCUAUGAUGCUUGUGGAUCUGUAGCUAUCUCAAUAAAAGCAGCCAUGGCUUUACUGAAUGACCAGAAAGAUGAAAACUCUGAUGUGUCUUGUGUCAAUUCAACAACUGUUCAAGCCAUCAUUGGAGAGUCAGCCUCAACACCGACUAUUGCAAUUUCUUCAGCAAUUGGACCUUUUCACAUACCAGUGAUUAGCCAUUUUGCUACCUGUGCAUGUCUGAGCAAUAGGAAUCUGUAUCCUACAUUUUUCAGAACCAUACCAAGUGAUUUCUAUCAAAGCAGAGCUCUAGCUCAACUUGUAAAGCAUUUUGGAUGGACUUGGGUGGGCACAAUAAGAAGUGACAAUGAUUAUGGAAACUCAGGAAUGGCUACCUUUCUACAAGCUGCUAGGCAAGAGGGCAUCUGCAUAGAAUAUUCAGAUGCAAUUUUCAGAACUGACUCCAGAGAAAAAAUCCUUGCAUUAGUAGAAGUUAUUAAGAAGGCUUCCUCAAAAAUUAUUGUAGCAUUUACUUCUCAUGUAGAUAUGGAAGUUUUGUUGCGAGAAUUAUUACUACAAAAUGUUUCUGGUCUUCAAUGGAUUGGUAGUGAGUCAUGGAUUACUGAUAGAUAUCUUGCAUCCAGAUACGGAUGUAAUAUUCUUGGUGGAGCCAUUGGCUUUGCUAUCCGCAAUGCAGUUAUAGAUGGCCUAAAAGAAUUUCUUUUAAAAUUGCAUCCAUCACAUUUACCAGAAAGUGCUUUUUUGAAAGAGUUUUGGGAGAGUAUCUUCAGUUGUUCAUUAAACAGUGAAAAUAAGACCAUGUCUGCAAAGCCGUGCACUGGCAAAGAAAAUCUGAAAGGUGUAAAUAAUGAAUACACUGAUGUAUCGGAUUUGCAAAUUUCAAAUAAUGUUUACAAAGCAGUAUAUGCCAUAGCCUAUUCACUACGUAAUAUGCUUACCUGUAAAAAUGGGCAAGGUCCUUUUGCUAAUAAAACAUGUGCAAACAAAAAGAAGAUUGAACCCUGGCAGGUCCUGCAUUACUUGAGAACAGUUAACACCACAUCUGGAAAUGGUGAGAAAAUCUAUUUUGAUGAAAAUGGAGAUCCAACAGCAACAUAUGAACUUGUCAAUUGGCAGUCUAAUAAAGAGAUGACAACUGAAUUUGUUACUGUUGGAUAUUAUGAUGCAUCCUUGCCACCUGGACAACAAUUUAAGAUGAUCAAUACCAAGAUUUCAUGGACAGGGUCCCAAAAUGAGGUGCCAUUAUCAGUGUGCAGUGAAAGUUGCCCUCCAGGGACCCGAAAAGCAGUUCUGAAAGGAAAACCUUCAUGCUGUUUUGACUGCAUAUCGUGUACAGAGGGAGAAAUCAGCAAUGCAACAGAUUCCAUUGAGUGUAUCAAGUGCCCUGAAUAUUAUUGGUCAAACAGACAACAAUCUCAUUGUAUCUUAAAAUCAACUGAAUUUCUGUCAUUUUAUGAAAUUAUGGGAAUACUGCUGUCAAUAUUUUCAGUAGCUGGGGCCUGUUUAAGCAUAUCAAUAGGUAUAGUGUUUUUCAAAUAUAGGGACACUCCAGUAGUUAAAGCCAAUAAUUCUGAGUUAAGUUUUCUCCUUCUGUUUUCAUUAACCCUCUGUUUUCUUUGCUCACUGCUCUUCAUAGGUCAGCCAACUGAGUGGUCCUGCAUGUUACGUCACACAACUUUUGGGAUUACAUUUGCAUUAAGUAUUACUUGUAUACUGGGGAAAACAAUUGUUGUGUUAGUUGCCUUCAAGGCAACUCUGCCUGGUUACAAUAUCAUGAAAUGGCUUGGGGCCACCCAACAAAGGUUAAGUGUAUUUAGUAUAACACUUAUCCAGACAAUAAUUUGCACUCUCUGGCUAAUUCUUUCACCUCCAUUUCCAUAUAAAAAUACAAAUUCCUAUAAAGACAAGAUAAUCUUAGAAUGCAAUGUUGGAUCUGCAGUAGCCUUCUAUGCAGUGAUUGGAUAUGUUGGUUUUCUUUCUUUAUCAUGUUUCAUUCUUGCCUUUCUUGCUCGAAAGCUUCCAGACAAUUUUAAUGAAGCAAAAUUUAUUACAUUUAGCAUGCUGAUUUUCUGUUCCGUCUGGAUUACUUUCAUCCCAUCUUAUAUCAGUUCCCCUGGCAAAUACACUGUAGCUGUGGAGAUAUUUGCUAUUUUAGCUUCCAGCUUUGGCCUGCUUACUUGCAUUUUUGCCCCAAAAUGCUAUAUAUUGUUACUCAGACCAGAGCAGAAUACAAAAAAACAUUUAAUGAGUAAAACACCAUUAAAAUAA